AUUUUCCAUUUUGAUGAUAAUGUUGCUCAUUCUUUUUUUUUAUUAUUGGGUUCUUGAAAAUUCUUAUAUUUUGAACUGUUUUUGCUCUAUUCUUGAUCAUUGUCCUGCUAUGUUACUGGAUUGUUUUGUUCUUGUUCACCUGCUGAUCACCCAGCCCCCCCCACCCCCACCCCCACCCCACACACACACCAGAAAGAACAUGCAAAUUUCAGAAUUAAACUAGAAGAAUUUGUUCUUUUUCUACUGAUUGUUGUUUUGAGAGUUGAUGUAUCAGAUGGUCAUUCAAGAAGAAAGGUUAGUUGAGUGACUGUGAGAAAUCAACCAGUUGUUUUGAUGGUUUCCAAUUAUGUGUAUAUGACAAUAAUAGCAAAAAAGAGACCAGAAUGUGAUGUCUAUGAUAUCCAAGAGGAGAUUUUGAAGGUCUUUUUCAAGUCAAGACUUAGUAAAUGGGAUAAUGUUUGGGUGCAGUUUUAAUUAUCAUUUGAGGUUGAUGAAAGUUACUUCUGAAAAUGAACUGGCUGAUUUCUUAAUUUGCGAAAUUUGCAACCUAGAAAUCUUUCCGUAAAAAGUUAUCAGCAUUAAAUUCUAAUUUUGUUCAAAUGAGUUCUGAUAUAUCUUAAGGAAAGCCUUGGCGUAACUGGUAAAGUUCAAAAAUGCAGGGUGAGGCUACGUCCGAUAGAGCCUUGUGGUCCAGCCCUUUCGUGGACCCAGCACAUAGCGGGAGCCUUAGUGCACUGGGCUGACCCUUUUUUUAAAAAAAGAAAAAAAUACUUUUUGAUAUAUCUGAGAAGUAGAUCGGAGCGCUAGCUUUUCCAGCUUUGAUCUAUUUCAUCGUCUACCAUGCAUCCUCUGGCUCCGUCAGCUCCACCUCCAGGUUUUAUGAGUUCCCAUUGGACUGAUGAUGAAAUCAUUUUGUCCCUUGACCAGAUUAACCGAGGAUCACCCAUCCCUGAUGAUGUGAUUGUCGAUAAUCCCUAUCUGUAUGAUCCUUCAAAUUUGCAAGAUGGAGCAUGGUUUUUUGUAAGAAGAGCUGAGGAAAAAGAGACGAAACAUGGGCUCUGGAGAGCAAAAGGUGCAGCCUGUGAAAUAUUUGCAAAUUCUGCCAUCAGUGGUUGGAGAACCACUUUUGAAUUUUCUCAAAUCCAAGCCCCUAUUGAAGAGAAAACUGUAUGGAUGAUACAAGAGUACAAAAUAACACUGAAAGGGCAGCAUGAUCAGACCAAAUCACAGGAGUCUGCACUUUGUAGAGUUUUCAGUUGCUGUAAUGAGACGAAGCCAGAGCAACGCGACGAUCUUGACACCUUGGACUUCCUUAGCUUGAUGUCAGUAUUUGAGCUACACACUAGCAGUAGCAAUGGGCAACGUUCAAUUGGUGAACCCCAGGUAAACAGCCAGGCAGAAGGGGUUGUGUCAUCACUUAUCGACAAAUCUGGAGAUCACUCUGAUGAUGAUUGCAUUUUAAGAGGAGACUACCUGGAAUUGAACGACCUUGUUGAUGCAGCAUCACAUUCGUCGAGUUCAGAGAGUUCAAGCCGCCCGAGCUUCGCAUCUGAUGAAUAUUUUGACUCUAUGGCACUUUUACGGGAUCUGGAUGAUGAUGAGAAGAAAGAGGACCUGAAUGGAAACGGUUCAAAUGGCAGUUAUAACACAAUGACAUGCGUUUUGCAGCCUGCACCUUUAGAGUCUCUUGUUAAAGGGGGUGAAGCUGCAGCCGAAGAAACUCAACAAGCUCCUGCCAUUAAUAAAUCCGAACCUCCCAGUGAGACAUCCACGGAUCAGGCUGCGAAGAGGCUGAAGGCUGAGCGUAUGGACGAAGGUCCAUCACACUCUUGUAGGCCAACGACAUCUUCCAGCAGCAGCAGCAGCAGCAGCGAUGAACCUGGACGUGUAGCAACAAGGGCAGAGAAAAGAACAAAGAAGCUUAUGAAGAACCUUUUCAAUACGGUCCGGAUUGCUAGCUCCCGAUUAAUUUGGAUUCGUGCUGGGUAGAGCUCCAUUCGAGAGUAGCGCUCCCUACCAAGGAUUUUUUCAUAUCCAGAGCUCGAACCCGAGACCUCUGGUUAAGGAAAGAGAAGCUCCAUCCAUUGCAUCACAUCCUUUGAUGGUUUGUAUAAGAAAUAUUCGGUUAUAUGGAGUGUAAAAUCAAAUCUUCACCAACAAAAUUCGAAUAAUCAACCAACUAAGCAACUAAAAUUCGUAUGCUUUAUUGUUUAGUUUUGUAACUUUUCACCCAUUUUAGGCGAAAAGAGUCAUGAUUUAUUUUUACCCAUUACUAAAAGCUCCCACCUCUUUUGCUCUUUGUUGACUCGAACUCACGACCUUUGAAUUUGAAGUGAGACGGUGAAUAAAGUCACAUGACUUAAAGAACAUUCCUACUGGACUUGUAAAAAUUGGUAUUUCAACUUCACAUUCAUAGACUUUAAAUAAUAUGUUAA